GUACGUCAAGGAUCCGCCUUCCUCCACAUAUCGUACCGGAUCCGGCUACCCCUAACGGGCCAGGCCCGACCCGACUCCUAUUGUCGGUUCGGUGGAUCCAACUCCUUGUUCCUGGGCUGGACUUCAUCCAUCUUGAUCUACAGCAACUGGGCCGCCCCGAUGGGCCUCAUGCCACCACCACCGUCUAUGGGCCACCCGGGCUUGCCGGAUCUAGGCACUGUCGAUGGUACACCCAUGAAGUAUACCCACAACACCAUCCACCAGAAGUGGUGUCCGACAUGCCGAUGACCAAUGUCAAGAGUCACCUCAUCGUCCACACGACACAAGGGCAAGCACCCUCAAAGUUGUUGAGCACUAGAAGACGACGCUCCAACAUUAUGCUACUACACUGCGCAUUGUGUGUCAACCAAGACCACCACCUUUCGGGGUCGCCGUCUAGACUUACCACUGCUCGCUCUCGAGUCAACACCACACGAACCGACAACCCGCAGUCUAAGCUGCACAGGGCAAUCGGCCGUAGACCACGGCCAUGCCACAAACUCAUUUGGAUUGUUGCCCCGACAUGAAGUCUGACGGUUUCCUAUAGGACACGUCUGAUAGAUGACUAUGCUGCCACCCCCAUGGUAAAGGUCGCCACAAGCCACCCAAGACGUUACAAGCUACAUCCCUCUACCUUAGAGUUGUUUCCGCACAUCCUUAUAGGGUUGCAACCCCAGCUCUUUGCAUCCUACUCCAGGUUGCCACCUUAUCCACCAUCCCCACCGGCACGGCGACACUUCCCGACAAGCAAUCUACUAUCGCCCAGUGAAGGUCAUGCUCUCCAAGACGAUGCCCCAAGGAGAUGCGACGAGACCGCUGCCGUCGCCCGCUACGGGCAAGGCUAGAACUUGUUUUUUCACUCGAAGAGCACUAAACCUCGAUGGAAUGAGAGGUAGGAUCCCCCAUGCCUCCAGGAAGGGAAACGACAUCCUGGGACAUCACCCUCGUCGACACCGACCUGAGUAGGGGGCUGAGUUUUCACCCGGAACUUGCACACCCUCCCACCAAGGACUCCCAUAUAGGCAGGCAGCCGAAGCUUAGCAGGUCGGCCAGUCUCAAACAUUCAUGUUCAGGACCUAGACUCCAUCUUAAACUUGUGUACAUGUUUGGAGCGGUUAACACGUUGCACUUGGAAUCCUAGGUUUCAACUUCACCAUCAACAACUACGCGCCAUGUAUAUAGUAAAGAUUCAAGUGGGACAUACAUGGGAUAUGUUUCUGCCUGAGCUCACCCACCGGAAUUAAACGCGAUAGACUGUUUUUGCGGGCAAACGGGAGAAAAGAUACUAAGAUAGUGGGACCAACAUGACCCACGAGAUCCAAAUAGCCGGCAAGCAGUAUGGACAUGUGUCAACAUCAGAGGAAGCGGCGUGGAUGGCCGGUACGGAGAUAUACGGUUGUGAGUCUACGACUUUCCCCACGUAUGCUCAAGCGGUCUAUAAACGGGACAAACUAGAGUGACUACUUUUACCCCCAACAACAGAAAGGUAGGUUGCAUGCAAAGGAAUUAAGUGGGCGGUGCUGGUGGGACUCCCAAUCUCGUGUUAGGCGAUUUUCCCAUCCCACUUGAAUCUUUAGCUCAGACUUGUUUGGUUCAUGAUUUUGUAACGUACUUUUCUUCACAAUGUUGUAACGUAACUUGAUAACGUUGGUGACAAAUUCCUCUAAAAUAAAUUUGUUUCAACUUAUCUGUAAUCAGAUUCCUUGUAAACAAAUCCCACCCCUAUACAAAUUCGAUACCGGUUACACCACUCCGGUAACAGAUCGGGUUGCCCAGCAGAGUCUCUCCCUUCAGGUCUGCUGCAUCGAGCCCGCGUCCACCAACCACUGAGUGCUGCCGCCGGUAGUGGUACAAGACGGCAACCCGCCCCUCGACCUCCCCUUCUUCACCAGCAGCGGCGGGGCGAGGAGGAGCUUCUUCCAUUGAUCUCUUAUGCUCAUGUUUUCAGUUGUCUUGGAUCCCUUCCUCUAGAUCUUUGUUUAGAUUAGAGAUCUUUUUGGUAUUUCAUGGCGUUCAUGAUCUGCUAAAGAGUUGUGAUGUCUCCCUAAUUCCCUAUCCCUUUCCGUUACCUAUGUGGCUAUGUGAACCAAAAUUUUCCACUCUUAACAUACUCUCUACCGGUUGCGAAAGCGCCCCUGCAAGUUACAGGAGGCCCAGCAAAAUUCGACCGUUGCCUGCCUCACUAAAGUUGCCGACCGUUGGGCGGACUCGCACGGCACAACCAACCCCUUAAGCCGCCGCCGCGCUUACCAAAAACCAACACUGGAUCAUCACGCUUCUACUCCCCUCCUUCCUUUUCUGCCUCCCACAUCUCACAUCUCACAUCAACUCAAACCUUCCAAAUCAAGCCGAAGCUUCCAACCCAAAUGGCGGAGCCCCUGAAGAACGACGCCCACGUCGUGGAGAUCCCGGUCACCGGCGACGGCGCCGGCGCGUUCCUCGGCAAGGCGGCGUCGGGGCAGCACCACCCGCUGGGCGAGAUCGCCGACAGCGGGGGCCACCUGCUGCUGCUCAAGCUGUGGCAGCGGGAGGAGUCGCGCCUCACCCGCCGCGCGUGCGCGCUCGAGGCGCUCAUGGACGCGGCCCGCCGGGACGCCUUCUACCUCUGCGCCGCCUUCCUCGCCCUCCACGGCCUCUCCCUCGCGCUCCUCUUCGCCGCCUCCGUCGCCGCGGGCACCCCCUCGCGCGCCUGCGGGAGGUGGUGGGCGCCCUCGUCCCUCUCCCUGGCCGCCUCCCUCGCGCUCGCCGCCGCCGUGCAGCUCCGCGUCUGCGCCUACUGGCGCGCCGCGCGGCGGCUGCGGCGGGAGCGCGGCGACGCCCGGGCACUGGCGCGGUGCGUGCAGGAGCUGCGCCUCAAGGGCGCGUCCUUCGACCUCUCCAAGGAGCCGCAGUGCGGGGUGACCAGAGCCAACUGCGCCAGCGUCGAGGGCGCCGGGGCGUGGGGGCCUCUCCAGUGGUGCUACCGGAACAUCGUUACUGCCUGCCUCCUCGCCGUCGCCGCCGCAGCCUUGCCCUUCGGGAAGCUCAUCCUCUGCGCGUAGAACAGAGCCUAUCCAAUUUUUCGGUUCGCAAGCUUCCUGACUAGUUGAUUCGGGCGAAACCAGAGAGAGGGGAACGCACGCGGGUCUUGUUUGCAUAGGACAGAUCACUGCUUGUGCUCCCAUGAUAAAUUCACAACAUUGUUUUUCUUCGCCGUCAGAGGGCCUACGCUUUGUAACAAUUCAUAACUUCUUUGUAUGAUUCAUUCACAACUCAAAACGAAAUAUUCAUUUACACAUCGUUCUGGUUACUGAAUUCCCCCUUCAGUUCCUCAACUGCCGUUUCGAUUCAGGCAGAUUGUAAAGAAAGAACAAAUGUUUAGUGAUACUCUUGAAUCUUGAUGCUCUGCUUUUGGUCAGGUUGUAA